AGAAAAGAAAAGAGGUAUACAAGGAAGGGGGAGGGUUUGAGCCCUGCCUGGCUAUUUCUUAUACGGGAGCGCAUUUGAUGGCCGUAAGGCCUCUGCAAAUAAUCGUCUUCAACCCCAAAAGCCUCUUCUAUUCCUCUUUCCUCGCCUCAUCUUCUCUCCAUUCCAAUCUCUCUCAUCCAACCUUCACUUCUCCAUCCACUUUUCUCCGCCGCCUCGCUUCGGUGCCCCCGCUAUCCCUCUCACAACCACCCCACCAACAAAAGCAAAAACCAAAACAAAAACACGAACACAAACACAAACGCAAACAACCGCCGCCGCCACCGCCCUCUCACCGCCGCCUCCGGCCGUCGAUCUCGAUGUCGGGAACCCUAGCGCAGAAGAUUGGGAAAUCCAUCCGCCGCUCAGGCGCCCCCUCCAAGGCUAGGGUUUACGCCGACGUCAAUGUGAUCCGACCCAAGGAGUACUGGGAUUACGAGUCCCUCACCGUCCAAUGGGGGGAGCAAGAUGACUAUGAGGUUGUGAGGAAAGUUGGGAGAGGGAAAUACAGUGAGGUUUUCCAGGGCAUUCACUGCACCAAUAACGAUAAAUGUAUUAUUAAGAUUCUUAAACCCGUCAAGAAGAAGAAGAUCAAGAGGGAGAUUAAAAUUCUGCAGAACCUUUGUGGCGGGCCAAACAUUAUCAAAUUACUUGAUAUUGUCAGAGAUCAGCAAUCAAAGACCCCAAGUCUAGUAUUUGAAUAUGUGAAUAAUACAGAUUUUAAAGUGCUCUAUCCCACACUUUCUGACUUUGAUAUUCGGUAUUACAUCUAUGAACUUCUAAAGGCAUUAGACUACUGCCACUCUCAAGGAAUUAUGCAUCGAGAUGUGAAGCCCCAUAAUGUGAUGAUUGAUCACGAGCAGCAUAAGCUUCGUCUUAUAGAUUGGGGUCUUGCAGAGUUCUAUCACCCUGGGACAGAGUACAAUGUUCGUGUUGCUUCGAGAUACUUUAAAGGUCCUGAGCUUCUUGUUGAUUUGCAAGACUAUGAUUACUCUUUAGACUUGUGGAGCCUUGGUUGUAUGUUUGCUGGAAUGAUAUUCCGUAAGGAGCCAUUCUUCUAUGGGCAUGAUAAUCAUGAUCAACUGGUCAAAAUUGCUAAGGUACUUGGGACAGAUGAAUUAAAUGCUUAUCUCAACAAGUACCUAUUAGAGUUAGACCCACAUCUUGCGGCCCUUGUGGGGAGGCAUAGCAGGAAACCAUGGAUCAAAUUCAUUAACACUGAUAAUCAACAUUUGGCUCUUCCAGAGGCAAUGGACUUCCUUGACAAGUUGUUGCGAUAUGACCAUCAAGAAAGGCCAACUGCAAAAGAAGCAAUGGCCCAUCCUUACUUUUACCCGAUUAGAAAUGCUGAAAGCAGCAGAACUCAUGCCUAGUGAUUGAGCCCUUCAAAGAAUGGUGUCGUCAUCUUGUCUUGGUCAGAUCGUCUUGUGUAAUUUGACUUUCUGCACUGUGCUAGUUAAGCACGGAUUUGUUUAGAAUGUGUUUGUGCUUUUUGUCAUGAACUUUCAGUUUUGUUUUGAUCAUACUUCGAGUUCCGACUUUUGUAUCGGUCAAUUAUUGUGUCCAAUCUUUGUGUGCUCCAACAAGUGAGAAUCAUGUUCUUAGAGUUGAUUUGAGAAGAUUGCAUCAUCCCUCUGAUUUUUCUU